AUUACGAGGGGAGAGGAAGGUACGUCUUGGGAUUCGUUAGACCCACGUGUGUCGGCCUCGUACAGCACACUUGUGUGAUUUCCUGACUUGAGUAGGACACUAGUUAGGAGAAGGAAGUCCGUCAUUAGUGUCGUCAGUUGACAAUAAGGGGCUCUUCUACCCUCUCAUUUAAUCGAGAGCAUACACAUCAUAGAUAUCUAGACGCUGAGAGACUCUUGUUAGUCCUGUUUGUCUUUGUUUGCGGAGGAUUCUUUUCGUUGUUGUUGUUGUGCUAUUAAAUGAAUUAAUGUUUUCAGCAUCUGAUAGUGAUACAUGUAGACUUUCUGAUACCGUGUAGUCAACACAAACUCUAAGAACUCUAAGAGAGAAUUAGGAGUUACAGCUACUUUGGAUCCAGCUUUUUACAGGCAGAAUCACAGCUGUUUGGAGCCUUAUCAUAUUUCCGUUGAUGUGUGAAAGUUAGAGUCAGAAGCAGGCGCUCAACAGGAAGCCACCACCAUGGCAACUACAUCACCAGCAUGGAUGCUGUCAUUAGCAUACCUUCUUGUUUUAUUGUGUAAAGAGUGUCAUUCGUUAACAGAAUACAACCUUCAUUUAGAGCAAGAAGAAGCGAUAUACAAUCCUGAAUUCAGAGAAAACCAUGUACAUCGGACAGUCCGACAAGCAGUAGACAAUACUCCAGUUACAGAAAAUAUCACAACAGUGGAUAAUCAUAAUUACUACAGUGUGGCGUACUACUCAAGCGUUAAUAACGAGGGCAAUCGUCGUUGGGUCGAUCUGACGAAGCUUAAAGCCAAGAAACAUCCAAACUUGUCGACCAACCCAAGAUUAGCUGCAAAACUGCAAUUAGAAUUUGAUUUUCCCUACUAUGGACACAACGUGACAGAGUUGUUCUUGACAACAGGAGGUUUUAUGUACCUGGGCUCCUAUGUUCAUCGAUAUUUGGCAGCGACACAAUACAUUGCCCCUCUUAUGGCGAACUUUGACCCCGCAGCAUCAGUUAACUGCUCUAUAAAGUACUUUUCUAAUGCCUCCCUGUUCAUUUCUGAAUGGACCAAUAUUCAGCUUGGAGACAACCCGACCGCUGGUCUCUUCUCCUUCCAAAGCACUUUGAGGGACAACGGACAGAUAACCUUUGCAUACAAGCAGAUUCCAAUCCCCAUUGCAAGUAUCUCUGACGAGGCUCACCCUAUGAAGAUGGGCAUUGCUGAUGCUUUCUACAUCGAUCAGAAGCUGAGCCAGUGGAUCAAGAAGAGAACUAUAUAUGAAUACCAUCAAGUUGCCUUGAAUACAGCAUUGGUAAUCAACGCUACUGCCGUCACAAUCACUCCACUUCCAACCUGUAACCUGCAUAUGGAUUGUGAGUCUUGUGCUAACAGUCAGAUCUACUUCAACUGUACGUGGUGCUCCACGGCUAAACGCUGCUCAGACGAUGGCCUCGAUAGACAUAGACAAGCAUGGAUUACAUCCCAGUGUGACAAAGAUGUUAAUACUGCUAAUGUUCCAUACAACUGCCCUCUUCCGACGAUAAAACCAACGACCAGAGCCCCACGGUCUACUAUGGGAAAACACCCUUCAAUCUACACAGACUGCUCAGAAGGCAUAGGUUGUCUGAAUGGUGGAGCUUGCCGCUAUGGAGAAUGUAUAUGCCCUACAAUGUACACAGGAAGGCGGUGUGGUAAAUACUCACCGAGGGGAGAUGGAAACAACAAGGGUGGUCAGAUGGCUCAGGCAGGUGAUGGCUCAUCCAAGGACGGUACCACUAAUGCUCUGAGGAUCGGGAUCAUCGCAGGGUCCAUUGCCAUUGGUGUUCUAGUCCUGGUCCUGGUCGGCUGGAUCUUCUAUGCCUACACCAACCCCAACACCAACUCUGGACUGUUCCUAAUUGAGAUCACAAAGUUUCGUCUGAGGAAGAAGGAAGAGAACGGCAUCGGGUACCAUUAUCAUAAACCAGACGACAACGAGGAGGUGGAUAUUAUUAUAUGAGCAACGACACUUCCUCCAGAGGUAUCUCACAACAAAAAUAUGUCAUAGAAACAAAGGAGUUGGAAGCAACGUACCUCAAAGAGUUGCAAUGCCUUUCUGCUUUUCAGCUCAUACUUGGAUGAAGAAGUUUUAAAAAAAAGCUAUGAUUUUGCCUUAAAAUAUGAUUUUAUUGAUCAGAGGAAGUUGUGCGUUAUUCUAGCUAGUCCUGUAGAAUUAUGUUGCUUACUAUGGAGUCACGAAUGAGAGGAAUAUCUUUAUUCUGUGGUGUGGGUGAGAAAUCUUGGAGUUCUGAAGGCUUUAGCGUUUAAGCAACUUGACGAGCCCGAUCACCUGCAUGAUAAAUAAAGUUGUUGUAUGGAGAAUGGAAAUGUGCUUGAGUAUACCAUGUUUCUACUUGUUUCUUUCGUGGCUCCAUGGUUUCUUCUCAUCAGGCAAACCCUUUGGUUACAUUGGCAUUGUGGCAAGCAGAUUUUGCUCCUCGCAAUGAACCCUAUCAUACAUUAUUUGCAGGUUUUGUAAGUGUAUCAACAAUUUACUAUUACAAGUUGUCGUUGCCAUGGGUUUGUCUGUAUGUGUAAAGCAUAGAUAUUGGAAGAUGCUGACCCAGUAUUCCUUUUUUGUUUUUUGCGUAGGCAAUCAUUGCAUUGAAUUUACAUCAAGCGACCAAGCAAGAGAGCUAU